AUGAGACUUCAUCGAUGGAAGAGCCGUUGGACCUUUCCUGCUCUGCCCAAGCCCCCCUCAGUCCCCAUGCGUGGUCUGGAGGGUCUAGAGACCCGACCUUCACCUUACAGAUGGAGUCUGAGAGUGAGGAUGAGACUUCAUCGAUGGAAGAGCCAUUGGACCUUUCCUGCUGUGCCUCAGCCCCCCUCCCCUACAGUCCACAACCUUUAUAUCCUCCGCUGUGCUCCCCACCCCUGUACAUGGAUGUGCCCACAGGAGCACAUUCCCCGGGGCCAGUCAUGGAGGACCACCCCCCUUCUGCCCCUGGCAGCACCCCUCCUCCAGAACUGA